AGGACCAGCAGGUUGAUCUGUGGAGGCAGCAGCCUCCGGCCCAGGGCAGACGUCACCAUGGCCUUCCUGAUACACCUGCUGGUCUGUACCUUCGGGAUGGGCUCCUGGGUGGCCAUCAACGGGCUCUGGGUAGAGCUGCCCCUGCUGGUAACGGAGCUGCCCGAGGGCUGGUACCUGCCCUCCUACCUCACAGUUAUCAUCCAGCUGGCCAACGUCGGCCCCCUGCUGGUCACCCUACUCCAUCACUUCCAAGCCGGCUGCCUUUCCGAGGUGCCUAUCAUCUUCACUGUGCUGGGGGUGGGCACCAUCGCCUGCACCCUCUUCGCCUUCCUCUGGAAUGUCACCUCCUGGGUGCUGGGCAGCCACCACAGCAUCGCCUUUCUGGUCCUCACCUUCUUCCUGGCCCUGGUGGACUGCACCUCCUCCGUCACCUUCCUGCCCUUCAUGAGCAGGCUGCCCACCCACUACCUCACCACCUUCUUUGUGGGUGAAGGACUCAGCGGCCUCCUGCCUGCCCUGGUGGCUCUCGCGCAGGGCUCGGGUCUCACCACCUGUGUCAACAUCACUGAAACACCAGACACCACCCCGAUCCCUGAGACCACCAGGAACAUGGACAGCCCACAGGGAGCUAGCAGCGCUUUUGUGUCUGAGCUCGCUAGGACGGCACCAUCCGUGGUCCACCUGGAAAGCCACUACCUCCCCGCCACCUUCUCGCCCUUCGUCUUCUUCCUCCUGCUCUCCUUCAUGAUGGCCUGCUGCCUCAUUGCUUUCUUUUUCCUCCAGCGUCAACCCAGGCGCUGGGAAGCUUCCAUAGAAGACCUCCUCACCUCUCAGGUCACCCUCCACUCCAUCCGGCCGCAGGAAGGGAAGGACCUGGGCCCCCCAGGCCCGGAGGACAGCGUCAAGGGCCAGGAGCCUCUGGAGGAGAAGACAGCCCCCCAGCACCUGGCCCACCUGACCUUCAUCUACAUCCUGGUGGCCUUUGUGAAUGCGCUCACCAACGGCGUGCUACCCUCCGUGCAGACCUACUCCUGCCUGUCCUAUGGGCCCGUGGCCUACCACCUGUCCGCCACCCUCAGCUCCAUGGCGAACCCUCUCGCCUGCUUCCUCUCCAUGUUUCUGCCUAACAGGUCUCUGCCAUUCCUGGGGGUCCUUACAGUGCUCGGGACCGGCUUUGGGGCCUACAACAUGGCCAUGGCCGUGAUGAGCCCCUGCCCCCUCAUGCAGGGCCACUGGGGUGGAGAAGUCCUCAUCGUGGCUUCGUGGGUGCUGUUCAUUGGCUGUCUGAGCUAUGUCAAGGUGAUGCUGGGCGUGAUCCUGCGUGACCGUAGCCGCAGCGCCCUCUUGUGGUGCGGGGCGGCGGUGCAGCUGGGCUCGCUCCUCGGAGCGCUUAUCAUGUUCCCACUGGUCAACGUGUUGAGGCUCUUCUCAUCCGCUGACUUCUGCAGCCUGCAGUGCUCCACCUAGGC